UCCACGCCGAGGGGGUUUCGCUCACCGCCGUCGCGGCGCGCUUCGGCACGCCGACGUAUUGCUACGCGAACGCGGCGCUGGUUGCCCGCUACCAGGCGCUCGCCGCCGCCGCGCCGCAUGCGCUGCAUCUGCUACUCGAUCAAGGCGAACGACAACCUCGCGGUGAUCCGCACCCUGGCCCGCCUCGGCUCCGGCGCAGAUAUCAUCUCGGGCGGCGAGCUGCGUCGCGCGCUCCAGGCCGGCAUCGCGGCGGAGCAGCUGGUGUUCGCCGGACCCGGCAAGACGCGCGAGGAGAUGGAGCUCGCGCUCGCCAGUGGGGUCGGGCAGUUCAACGUGGAAUCCCCCGCCGAGCUUGAAGCUCUCGCUUCGGCGGCCCGCGCGCAGGGCACGCAGGCGCCCGUGGCGCUCCGUGUGAACCCCGACGUCGAUGCCGAAACCCACGACAAGAUCGCCACCGGCCGCCGGGGCGACAAGUUCGGGAUCGACGAUGGCGACAUCGCCGCGCUCUACGCCAGGGCGGCCGCGCUGGAGGGGAUCGAGCCGGUCGGCCUUGCCGUGCAUAUCGGCUCGCAGCUCUCGCGCCUCGCGCCCUUCGAGGCCGCCUACGAGCGGGUCAUCGACUUGGUGGAGGACCUGCGCGCUGCCGGCUACCCGGUGGAGCGGAUCAACCUCGGCGGCGGGCUUGGCGUGCGCUACCGGGACGAGACGCCGCCGCCUGUCGAGGCCUACGGUGCGCUGGUCGAGCGUGUCCGCCAGCGCAUCGGCGUAACGGCGAUCAUCGAGCCGGGCCGCUGGCUGGUGGCGCCGGCGGGGGUCCUGCUCACCCGCGUCAUCGCGGUGAAGCAGGCGGGCGAGCGCCGCUGCGUGAUUGUCGACGCCGCCAUGAACGAUCUGAUGCGGCCCGCGCUCUACGAUGCGUGGCACGCCAUCGAGCCGGUGGCGGAGCCCGCGCCGGGCGUCUCCACGGUGGAGACCGACGUCGCCGGGCCGGUCUGCGAGAGCGCCGACGUGCUGGGCCGCGAGCGCCCGUUGCCUCCGCUCGCCGCCGGCGAUCUGCUGGCGGUGCGCGACGUAGGCGCCUACGGCUCCGUCAUGGCAUCGACCUACAACAGUCGCCCGCUGGCUGCCGAGGUCAUGGUGCGCGGCGACGCUCUUGCCUCGAUCCGGCCGCGCCAGGACUACGAGACGCUGCUGGCCCGCGACCUGGUCCCGUCCUGGCUCGCUUGA